CCUUCGGUCUUGCGCAAGCUUUGUGCAUCGCGCUUGCGCGUUGUGGGGGACUAUGCCGCUAUAAAGGCUUGUUUUGCUCCGGAUCCGAUGUUCGCGAGCGUGCCCGGGGUGUUUGCUCUCGUGUGGGGAGACUGGGGUGCAGAAAUUCUGAAGUGAAAGGAGGAGUCUGAGCCCUGGUCCUCUGUGUGGUGAAGAUGAAAGAUAUUGACAUGGGAAAAGAAUACAUCAUCCCCAGCCCCGGGUACAGAAGUGACAGGGACAGAAGCACUGUACCGGGGCAACACAGAGACCGCGAGGAACCCAGGUUCCGGAGAACAAGAUCGUUGGAGUGCCAAGAUGCCCUCGAAACAGCAGCCCGAGUUGAGGGGCUUUCCCUGGAUAUCUCUGUGCAUUCACAUCUCCAAAUUCUGGACGAGGAACAUUCUAAGGGAAAAUACCACCAUGGUUUAAGUGCCCUGAAGCCCUUCCGGACCACUACCAAGCACCGGCACCCAGUGGACAAUGCUGGGCUUUUCUCCUACAUGACCUUUUCAUGGCUCUCUCCUCUGGCCCAAGUGGUUCACAAGAAGGGGGAGCUGUUAAUGGAGGAUGUGUGGCCUUUGUCCAAGUAUGAGUCUUCUGAUGUGAACUGCAGAAGACUAGAGAGACUGUGGCAAGAAGAGCUGAAUGAAGUUGGGCCAGACGCUGCCUCCCUGCGAAGGGUUGUGUGGAUCUUUUGCCGCACCAGGCUCAUCCUGUCCAUCGUGUGCCUGAUGAUCACGCAGUUGGCUGGCUUCAGUGGACCAGCCUUCGUGGUGAAGCACCUCUUGGAGUAUACCCAGGCAACAGAGUCUAACCUGCAGUACAGCUUGCUGUUAGUGUUAGGCCUACUCCUGACAGAAGUUGUACGCUCCUGGUCACUCGCCCUGACUUGGGCAUUGAACUAUCGAACUGGUGUCCGGUUGCGGGGGGCUAUCCUGACUAUGGCAUUCAAGAAGAUCCUGAAGUUAAAGAACAUUAAAGAGAAGUCCCUGGGAGAGCUCAUCAAUAUCUGCUCCAACGAUGGGCAAAGGAUGUUUGAGGCAGCCGCUGUGGGCAGCUUGCUGGCUGGCGGACCUGUUGUGGCCAUCUUGGGCAUGAUUUAUAAUGUAAUCAUUCUAGGACCAACGGGCUUCCUGGGAUCGGCGGUUUUUAUCCUCUUUUAUCCAGCGAUGAUGUUCGUGUCACGGCUAACUGCAUAUUUCAGGAGAAAAUGUGUAGCUGCCACAGAUGACCGUGUCCAGAAGAUGAAUGAAGUUCUUACCUACAUUAAAUUCAUUAAAAUGUAUGCCUGGGUCAAAGCGUUUUCUCAGUGUGUUCAAAAAAUCCGAGAGGAGGAACGUCGGAUAUUGGAGAAAGCCGGUUACUUCCAGAGCAUCACUGUUGGAGUGGCUCCUAUUGUCGUAGUGAUCGCCAGUGUGGUGACGUUCUCCGUUCACAUGACUCUGGGCUUCCAUCUGACUGCGGCACAGGCCUUCACAGUGGUGACUGUCUUCAAUUCCAUGACUUUUGCUUUAAAAGUAACACCAUUCUCAGUGAAGUCCCUCUCUGAAGCAUCGGUGGCUGUUGACAGAUUUAAGAGUUUGUUUCUAAUGGAAGAGGUUCACAUGAUAAAGAACAAACCGGCCAGUCCUCACAUCAAGAUAGAGAUGAAAAAUGCCACCUUGGCAUGGGACUCCUCCCACUCCAGUAUACAGAACUCGCCCAAGCUGACCCCCAAAAGGAAAAAAGACAAGAGGGCUACCAGGGGCAAGAAAGAGAAGUCGAGGCAGCUGCAACACACUGAGCACCAGGCGGUGCUGGCAGAACAGAAAGGACACCUCCUCCUGGACAGUGACGAGCGGCCCAGUCCGGAAGAGGAAGAAGGCAAGCAGAUCCACACAGGGAGCCUGCGCCUGCAGAGGACACUGUACAACAUUGACUUAGAAAUUGAAGAGGGCAAACUGGUUGGAAUCUGCGGCAGUGUGGGAAGUGGAAAAACCUCUCUCAUUUCAGCCAUUUUAGGCCAGAUGACGCUGUUGGAGGGCAGCAUUGCUGUCAGUGGGACCUUUGCUUAUGUGGCCCAACAGGCCUGGAUUCUCAAUGCCACUCUGAGAGACAACAUUCUCUUUGGGAAGGAAUUUGAUGAAGAGAGGUACAACUCAGUGCUGAAUAGCUGCUGCCUGCGGCCUGACUUGGCCAUUCUCCCCAACAGCGACCUGACUGAGAUUGGAGAGCGAGGAGCCAACCUGAGUGGUGGACAGCGCCAGAGAAUCAGCCUUGCUAGAGCCUUGUACAGUGAUAGAAGUAUCUACAUCCUGGAUGACCCCCUCAGUGCCUUAGAUGCCCAUGUGGGCAACCACAUCUUCAACAGUGCUAUCCGGAAGCGCCUCAAGUCUAAGACAGUUCUGUUUGUUACACACCAGUUACAGUACCUGGUCGAUUGUGAUGAGGUGAUCUUCAUGAAAGAAGGCUGUAUCACAGAGAGAGGUACCCACGAGGAGCUGAUGAACUUAAAUGGGGAUUACGCUACGAUUUUUAAUAACCUGUUGCUGGGAGAGACACCCCCGGUUGAGAUUAAUUCGAAAAAGGAAGCUAGUGGUUCACAAAAAUCACAAGACAAGGGCCCUAAGCCAGGGUCAGUGAAGAAGGAGAAGGCUGUGAAGUCAGACGAAGGGCAGCUUGUGCAGGUGGAGGAGAAAGGACAAGGCUCUGUGCCUUGGUCAGUCUACUGGGUCUACAUCCAGGCUGCAGGGGGCCCCUUGGCUUUCCUGGUCAUCAUGGUCCUCUUCAUGCUGAAUGUGGGCAGCACUGCCUUCAGCACCUGGUGGCUAAGCUACUGGAUCAAGCAAGGAAGCGGGAACAGCACAGUGUCUCAAGGGAACAGAAGCUUCGUGAGUGACAGCAUGAAGGACAACCCCUUCAUGCAGUACUACGCCAGCAUCUACGCCCUCUCCAUGGCAGUCAUGCUGAUCUUGAAAGCCAUUCGAGGAGUUGUCUUUGUCAAGGGCACACUGAGAGCCUCCUCCCGGCUCCAUGAUGAGCUAUUCCGAAGGAUCCUUAGGAGCCCCAUGAAGUUUUUUGAUACUACCCCAACCGGAAGGAUUCUCAACAGGUUUUCCAAAGACAUGGAUGAAGUGGAUGUGCGUCUGCCGUUCCAGGCUGAGAUGUUUAUCCAGAAUGUAAUCCUGGUGUUCUUCUGUGUUGGAAUGAUUGCUGGAGUCUUCCCGUGGUUCCUUGUGGCAGUGGGGCCUCUCCUCAUCCUCUUCUCACUUCUCCACAUUGUCUCCAGGGUCCUGAUUCGUGAGCUGAAGCGCUUGGACAAUAUCACGCAGUCUCCUUUCCUCUCCCACAUCACGUCCAGCAUUCAGGGCCUGGCCACCAUCCAUGCCUACAACAAAAGGCAGGAGUUUCUACACAGGUAUCAGGAGCUUCUGGAUGACAACCAAGCUCCCUUUUUCCUGUUCACUUGUGCAAUGAGGUGGCUGGCAGUGCGGCUGGACCUCAUCAGCAUCGCCCUGAUUACCACCACUGGGCUGAUGAUUGUUCUCAUGCAUGGGCAGAUUCCUUCAGCCUAUGCGGGCCUUGCCAUCUCUUAUGCAGUGCAGUUAACGGGACUAUUCCAGUUCACCGUCAGACUGGCAUCGGAGACAGAAGCACGGUUCACUUCAGUGGAGAGGAUCAACCACUACAUCAAGACUCUCUCUUUGGAAGCACCUGCCAGAAUCAAGAACAAGGCUCCUCCCCAUGACUGGCCCCAGGAGGGAGAAGUAACCUUUGAGAAUGCAGAAAUGAGAUACCGGGAAAAUCUCCCUCUGGUCCUUAAGAAAGUGUCCUUCACCAUCAAGCCCAAGGAAAAGAUAGGCAUUGUGGGACGAACAGGGUCAGGGAAGUCCUCUCUGGGGAUGGCCCUCUUCCGUCUGGUGGAGUUAUCUGGAGGCUGUAUCAAGAUUGAUGGAAUAAGAAUCAGUGACAUCGGCCUGGCAGACCUCCGAAGCAAACUGGCCAUCAUUCCUCAGGAGCCAGUGCUGUUCAGUGGCACUGUCAGAUCAAACCUGGACCCUUUCAACCAGUACACGGAAGACCAGAUCUGGGAUGCUCUAGAGAGAACGCACAUGAAGGAAUGUAUUGCCCAGCUACCUCUGAAACUUGAGUCUGAAGUAAUGGAGAACGGGGACAACUUCUCUGUUGGGGAAAGGCAGCUGUUGUGCAUAGCAAGGGCCCUGCUUCGUCACUGUAAGAUUCUGAUUUUAGAUGAAGCCACAGCUGCUAUGGACACAGAGACAGACUUACUGAUCCAGGAGACCAUCCGGGACGCGUUUGCGGACUGCACCAUGCUGACCAUUGCCCAUCGCCUGCACACAGUUCUGGGCUCUGAUAGGAUCAUGGUGCUGGCCCAGGGACAGGUGGUGGAGUUUGACACCCCAUCGGUCCUUCUGUCUAAUGACAGUUCAAGAUUCUAUGCCAUGUUUGCUGCUGCAGAGAACAAGGUGGCUGUCAAGGGCUGAGUCCUCCCAUCCUCGCAGUCUCUUCCUCAGAGCAUUGCCGUUCUCCUCCUGGUUUGGGCCCCUCAUCCUGUCCUGCUGAAACUUCGCCUUUCCCAGUUUUAUCUCUCACACAACCAUUCAGGAUUAGCUGUGUGUUUCACUUUUAAGGAAAGUCAUAUUUUGAUUAUUGUAUUUAUUCCCUAUUCACUUAAAUGAAAUUUAGUUUUUGUUCUUAAUUGCACUCUUAAGAGGUUCAGGGAACCAAUACUAUAAAUGUUAUCAGUGGCCUAUAAUGAAGCUUUCUAUGUGUAGCUAUGUCUAUAUAUAAUUCUGUACAUAGCCUAUAUUUACAGUAAAAUGUAAGCGGUUUAUUUUCUAUUAAAAGUGAGCACUGUGCUAACAGCAGUGCACACUCAUUUCUAUCGUUUUUGUACAGCUGACUGCACUACAGAUCUCAUUUUGCUCUUAGCUGUAGCAAAGGCAGAUUCCGUCUCUAGCUGGUCGUUUCACGGUGCUGGGCUCUCUAGGUGUCCAGGGGAAGACACACGGCAGCAGUGGGCCCUCCGUGGCCUGCUCCUUGGGCUCCCCAGUGGGAACCCAGUAUAGUGGGCUGCAGGAGGCCUUGCAGAGCACCGUGAAUUCUCAGGGCUCCUGCUUUCCUGUCUUGGUGUCAGCUGCUGUUUAUGUUAGAGCAGUGGGCAAAGCCAGCCCCCACCCAACGCCCCCCCCACCCAACCCCCGUUCUCUCUCAGGAAUGAGAGCCUCAGCAUUCCUCAGAGGGAGAGCUUCUUUCUGCCUUCCUUCUUCUGCUGCCAUUUCGAAGCAAGAUCCAGUCUGUCCCCAGUGUUCCAUGCUUCAGGUUCCUGAGGCUGGUCGCCACAGAGCUGCCGAGCUCCCCGGCCAGCUGGUCCCCAGCCCCGGGGUCCACUGCUGCUGUUGUAGGUGGCAUUUUCAUUUGCCUGAUCCCACAGUUCCAGAGCUCAGCAACAGGGCUCGGGAUUGUGGGGUCCGUUCAGUCUCCUCUGCAAAGUCUGCACCCCUCAGCAGCUCUUGCUAAUCAGUGUCUCACACUGGUGUAGAAGUUUUUUUGUACUGUAAAGAGACCUACCUCAGGUUGCUGAUUGCUGUGUGGUUUGGUGCACUCUUGCAGACCCCCUUGUGCUCUGGGGCUCGUAGCUUGGGUGGGUGUGGUUGCCACUGUCACCAGUCGAGUGGUCAGCGUCGCAUGUCGUGACCAACUAGACAUUCUGUCGCCUUAGCAUGUUUGCUAAACACCUUAUAAAAGCAAAAAUAUGAAAAAGUGAAUAAAAUUAUUUUGGAUUUGUAAAA